GCGACGCACGCAAGUACUGCUAGCUCUAGUGCCCUUUCCUCAUUCAAUUCGUUUGUUGAUUGUUUUCAUCCAUUCGCUUCGCCAUGCCCCGACGCUCGUCUCGCUCCGCCAAGACACGAUCGGUUGUCGCUGCCGAGAAGAAUCCGCUUGCCGAGUCACCACGACACACCCGGAGAACGAUUCGGGGCAGGGCGGCACCGAAGACGCAAGCCGACGGUGGCAACUGCAGUGGUUCGUCUCCGCCCCGGAGCCCUGCUCCGAGCGUCCAGGAAAGCACCGGUUCUUGCCCAUCGGAAUCGGCCUCUCGGUCUCCUUCGCCCUCCCCGGAGCCGACCAAGCGCACCGCUGCCGCCCGCGGCCGCCGCGGAAGGCCUCCCCUCGCGGAAAGGAAGACCGGCAACCACCAGAACGAGAACAAGCACCGUGCGACUGCCAGGAAGCGGCCGGAACCGGUGGUCGAGCUCGAAAACGAGGGGGUGAAGAAGAAGCCGCGGGGGCGUCCCCCCCGGGCGGCCUCUCGGAACAAAGUGCUCUCCUACGCCGAGGUCGACAGCGCUACCGACGAGGAAACCGAUUGCGAAAGCGAAAGCAGCGCCGACGAAGACUUUGGCGGAAGCAAGAAGGCAAGAAACCAAAAGUCCAAGACCAAGAUCCCCGGCAUCGCUCGGAAGAAGCGGCCAAAGCCACCCGCCAAAGGGCUCUCACCCCGUGGUCCCCGCCGGGCGUCUCCCUCGUCGCUGGCCUUGUUCGACAAGACCAACACCAGGGGCCAAAGCCCUUCCACAAAGCGGUACGCUGCUACACCACCAUCGGUAAGAAAUCGCACUCCUUCUUCCAAGAGGAAGCGUGCAAAGUCGUCUUCCGCAACACCAACCCAAAGCACCAUCGGCGUCGUCGUUGGUCUGACCCCCAUCCAGGACUCGGUGAGUAAGGUCUGGAAGAGCGAGGGCGAUUGGCGCGACCACGGGGGCAUCGAUUACGGCGACUUUUAUUAGACGAAGCAGAGCGAAGCGGUGCACCCUACAGCAGGAAUCUUGCUCAUUGGGUUGCUGUACGCCGCAAGGCAAUGCGAGAUAAGGACCAGACUGCGAUUGUGCUGCAGUGUACGCAUGCAUAAACAUUGAAUGAAUCAAUCCAUUAUACUAAAAUAAUAUAAAAUCGAAUUA